AUGCCACCUCAGAAUAAGCUAUGUGUAAAAAGAAGUAAAUUUUGCAAUGGAACAGUAAGUUAUAGGCUUGAUUUAUAUGAUUCCAGCGUUUACAUUCAUUGUUCUUCAUAUUUGCUGCUUAUAUGUGAGUUUUAUAGGAAUAUAAAUACAGUGGAUGUCCUGUAUAACGAAACUCCUUUAUAACGAAGAAAUUUCAAGUCCCCGAGCGAUUCGUUAUACAGGAGUUCCACUGUAGUUAUAGUAUCAAAGCCGUACCGGUGGCUGAAGCACAAUCUCAAUUUUUAUAUUUACAGAUUUUCUUUACUUCUCCACGUUACUGGAAGCUAAUGUGCUACAAGAUUCUGUUUUGUAUGAGUAUCACUGACAUUCUCCAACUACAAAGUCAUUUCUUCACGGGUGUUCUUUGCUUUUUUACUUUGGAACCAUCGUUUUGGAUUGGAAAGGUAUUAUAACAUUGUACUUUACAAUUUGAUGUUCAUUUUAGGUUAUUGCUGCUAUUGGCAACUCUGCAUGGUCAGCGAUGAUAGCACAGACAUUGAUGUUGGCUUUGAACCGAUGGAACGUUCUGGUACGAAAUUCACAGCAAACCAAUGAAGAAACUAAACGUUCUUUUAUUGUAAGUACUAUUUUAAGCUCCUUUAUAGUAUGUACUAGUUAUGAAUGUUGUACUAUAUAGUCAGACAGUAUUGUACUAUAUUGGGCCGUUCAAAUAACUCUGUGCUCCCUAGUCCGACAAAUUUGCCUUGACAGGGGCACAAAAUUAAUCGAGAAACCUAAUAUAUAAUACUACAAUACAGACUGAUACUAGAUAGUACAAAUUUUUUUGCCAAAAAGAUAGUAUCCAUAAGUACAACACUCUUUUAAGUACAGUAUCUUUCUAGCUUAAAUGUUGACAUUUAGAUUUUUCUUGCAAUAACAUAUGGUUACGGUAGUCUUUAUCUUCUGUCAUAUCUGUCACCCUACUGUAGUAUAAUCUUCAAAAUACAACAGUUUAACUGGGCCUAUUCUAACGAAUCAAUGAGCGAUACUGUAGCCUAUUCAGAAUUAUGUGGCACUACACUAAUGAUUACUGUAAUGUUGUUUCUGUAUAUUUGGAUCGUGGUUUCUCUGGUUUACCAGGUAAAACUUGUAAUUAUCUUCUGGUUUAUCAAAUAAAACAUAUAAUUAUUGAAGUUUUACGCAUUUGUUUUAUCACUUUAUUACAUUUUUAACACUCCUCACCUUCUUACUUUUAAUAUUUUAAAACUUUUUAAAACUUUGCAGAAGACCAAUAUUUUGAAAUCGAUAGCAACUGCCUGGAGGGAAUACAAGAUCUUGUUCCAAGGUAUAUCAAUAUUCCUGUUCGCCAUGUUUAUCAACAUUUUGUGGCAUUAUUCUACUAUCGUUCUUCCCCACGCCUUAAUUGGUCGAUACACCAGCUCGUUCAUUCACUUUGGCUGGAUUUGUUUUUCGGGUAUGACCCCUGUCAUGAAUAUUAUAAUGAAUAGGUAAGUGGUCAAGAAAGUCGCUAUUUCAAAAAAAAUCAAGCCUUUUGUUGAGAGAACUGCGCUGGGUCCCUGAAGCCGAAUUUUGAACUUGGCUCACGAAGCUGCAUGCUGCGGUCCACCCAAAACUAGACAGGCCGGGUCUAGCGGGCCUCUUUUCAAAUCUAGUCUCCUCUUAAUUUUCAAAAAAUAGUUUAUCAGCACUAGAUAGUACUUUUAGUAAAUAUUUUUGAGAUUCAUAUAGCUUUUUUUCAGAGACUUCAGGAAACAAAUCCUUCAGAUGGUCUCAAGAAGAGAUAACACAAACCAAGUGCAAGCAAUUUCAAAAACUAGCUCUUUUUGUAGUCAUACCUAAUAUAUUGUACAUAAUAUGUUAUUCAGCUUGAGUUCAACUCAAAUUUUUGACGGUUCACCUGCAAAAAUGAAUUUUAAAGAAAUUUUAAAUAAAUCUCAAUUUACAUAUUUCAUAAAACCUUACUGUGCACGUUAAACAACAUCAUUCAAAAAGGUUAUUAAGCUAUUUUUAAAGUUUAAAAACAUUACAAAACUUAAUAGGUAUUGUUGUUGUUUUGUUUUUUGUCAUAUACCAUAGUUUUAUUAGUAAUAGCUUCAAAGAACAACUUAUUUUGCUAACAACAUUAAUUGUAACACCUGCCAAGUUUUAUUAGAUUACUACAGCAAUAUAGUAAAUGAAUGAUACUUUUAAGGUUGAGCUUUAAUAAAUAAAAAUCAGCUAAGAGCGGGUGAUAAUUCUUAUAAUACUAACAUGGAAAACUACAUUAUUGGAUUUGGCUAUGUCAUCCCAUCGAUCACUUUUAUUUUUCUACAUAUUUGUUGUUUAUAUGUGAGUCGAUACAUAUUUAAAACUUUUAAAACUUUUUUGUAUUGAUGGUGCACCAUAGUAUUGCUAGUGCACCUUAAAUCCUAUAAUAAGCCUUCAAAGCCACCAUAAGCCUUCAGAAUCAUAUAACAAAUUGAAAUCGUUAUCUACUGAUAUUUCAGGUCUUCUUUACUUGUAAAAGCUACUGGAAGUUAAUGUGUUACAAAAUACUGUUCUGUAUGGGAAUAUCAGACAUGCUCCAACUGUACCAAAACUUGUACAUAGGCCUGCUUUGUAUAUUCAAACAAACACCAUCUUAUUGGGGUGGAAAUGUAAGAACAGUCACUUUUGACCUUAUUUAGUGUUUUAUUUAGCCCUAGCCUAGAGUUCUAGUCCUAGUCCUAGCUUAGAGCCCUAGCCCAGAACCCUAGCCGAGAGCCCUUUCCUAGAGUUCUGGCUCAAAGCCCUAGUCCAGAGCCCUAACAUAACCCUAGCCUAGAACCCUAGAACUAAAGCUGGCCCUAGUCCUAGCUAGCCCUGGCCCUAAGCCUAGCCCUAGUUCCUAGCACUGUCCUUAUAUAUAAAGUAAUGUUAAGUACUAAACAAGGUUUGAAUGAAUUACUUUAUAUUAUUAUAGAUUGUGACCGGUAUCGGAAACGCUGGGUGGUCAGCAAUCAUACCACAAAUAUUAAUGUUGGCUUUGAAUCGAUGGAACGUGCUUGUUCGAAACAUACCUAACGAAAGGUAUGAAAAGACGCAUUCUUUCAUUGUAAGUGCUAAAAAGAAUAAUAUACGUAAAAUUACUAGAGUAAUUUAAGGUUUUAUUGGAUUGAACAAUACGAUUUAUAAUCUUAAAAUUAUUGUCAUUCUUCUAUCAAACGUAUUUUAGCCGUAAAAAACCAAAUAUUUUAGAGUUUCCUUGUCAUAUCUUACAGUUAUGCUGCUGCUUGGCUUCUAUGGUUUCUUAGUCCAUACUGCUCGUUAGCUUAUACCACUAAAACCAAUCGCUAUUCAGCUCAACCAAAUGAGUCCUGGGGUUUGUUUGACCAAGGCUUUUCUUGUUCAGGUAAAGGUUUUUAAUUAGUGCCUAAUCAACAAGAAAAGUUCAAAAUUAUAAAGGAAAAUUGUAAAGAAAACCUAUUGUUUCAAAUAUAAAAAAUUUUUAAAUUUUUAGACGUUUGGGGCUUCACCGUAAUCAAUAUUGAACUGUCUCAAACAAUUCCGAUGCUCACUUUUAUGUUGUUGCUAUACAUUUGGAUUGCCAUUUCUCUACUUUAUCAGGUAAAAAUAACUGCUUUUAUUCUAGUUUGCCAUUAGAACAAUGUCAUGGUAAGACUAGAUUUAAAGGGCCCUUAACAUUAGAGAGCAAAAUUAUAACUAUAAAUCAGUAACCCCCUCUCCCCGAAAAAAAAUUUUCGAAAAAAGUUAAACGUGGUCCCCCUGUGAAUUUUUCGACCCCCUCCCCCUGACCAAAAGACCCCGCCCGGCCCUGAUUGAAAGCAUCUGUAAUCCGUUCGAAAAAUAAAAAAUUUCAAAUUUUGUCAUUUUAGAAAACAAGCCUUUUAAAAGCAACACGCAAUGCCUGGAGGGAAUACAAAAUUCUGAUUCAAGGUGUGGCGGUAUUCUUAUACGCUGUGGUUGAGACUAUACUAUGGCAUUACUCUGAUAUCCUUCUUCCUAACUUUUUGAUUGGUGAAUAUACCAGCCCGGCCAUCAAUAUUGGCUGGAUCUUCUUUUGUGGAAUGACUCCUAUUAUGAAUCUUGUCAUGAAUAGGUAAGUCUUUCAACACUGUACCAAGGAACUAGUCAUGUCUGAUUCUAUUAGGCUUGAGUUGUUAAUAUAAAAAAGUCCGGCCAAAUGAUAAGAUUAAGGUCAAAAAACACCCCAGAGAUCCGUAUUUUAAAACUACACGGAGUUUUUAAUGCCUAAAUAAAUAAAUCAUUUUUCUACUUUAGUGACCUCAGAGAAAGACUACGACGUAUAUUUACAAAACAUCGUGACAAAGCAGGCACAAAAGUAAAGGUACUAUCAAGCAUUAGAGUUUGCGACAGCAUACCCAACACACAUGGUUCUAAUCAUACCUAUUAACCUAUCCCUAAUCUUUAACAAUUGUAGAAAUAAAACAAAGUAUAAAUGUUAUAGUACUACCAUAAAAGAUUGUUUCAAUAUUUUAUUAUACGACAUACAUCCUUACAAAUUUUCAAUGCCUUAUUAUAUGUACUUAAACCCAAAUCAACUUAACAAGACUGUUCUACGUCGAAUAUACACAAAUUAAAUUAGCAGUUUAUGUCAAAAAAGCAUGUGCCAAACCGCCAUGUUCCUCAACUAAUAAGGUAUACUUUUAAGCAGUAGACUAUAACUUGUAGUAGAAGUAAAUACUAUUUACUUGGCUUUUGAUAUCUUGCUGUUUACUUCAGUAAAUCUAAUUCUCAUAAUUUAUUUUACUAAAACAAACAAGGCAAUGUGCUAAUAUUAGUAAAGUUAUUCUAUAUUAGACUGCCUACUUAUGGAAAACUAUAUUAUUGGUCUGAGUUACAUUAUUCCUUCAGUAAUAUUGAUUUUUCUGCAUAUAUGCUGUAUAAGAGUAAGUUAUUGAGUUUUAGAGUUAAAAACCUUUAAAAUAUUACUUUUCUAAUUAAUAUACAACAUAUUUUUCUAGACGGUAUAGUCAUUUUUUAAUCGAACAUAAUUUAAAUUUGAUCAUAGUAAUGAUAAGAAUGGUGUAAAUGAAUUAAAUACGUUUUAUAAUAUCCUUAUUCUAGGUAUUUUACGCCUCUAAACGCUAUUGGAAAAUCAUGUGCUACAAAAUACUACUGUGUAUGAGCAUAACAGACAUCAUUCAACUCUUUGGCCAUGUAUAUACUGGCUACCUAGCUAUAUCGAAAGAAGCUACAUGGUAUUGGGUUGAAGUUGUAAGUAAAAUCAUAGAAAGAUGUUGGUACAUAAAAAAAUAUGAGUUUCUGAGUUUUUUAUGUACCCUUAUGCUUUAAGCCGAAAAAAUUUAAGCCUACAAACCGCCCAAAAAUUAAAUCUAAACUAACUGCUAAAGACCUAUAAAUAGUACGAAGACAAUGACAACUAUCAGAUGGUUGAAAUAACUCUGACUCUAUGCCUCCCGCCCUGAAAAUUUGCUUUGAAAAGGGGCACAGAAAUACUUAAACAACCCACUAUUAUAAAUUUUUAAAAUUGUAGAUUAUUGGAGGCCUUGCCAAUGCUGGCCACUCAGUAAUGCUAAGUCAGACAAUGAUGUUAGCCUUCAAUCGAUGGAGCGUGCUAGUUAGAAAAGAACAAAGAAGUGAAGACGAUACGAAACGAGCUUUCAUAGUAAGUCAACAUAAUCUAAAAAAUUGUUUAUUAAAGUUAUUCUUUUUACCUGUUUACCUUUUCCAAACAAUAUUGGAAAAGGUAAACACCCUUCAAAACUUAAGAAUUCUAUUCAGAUUUUUGUGAUAAUAACAUAUGCGUAUGGUGGUUUAUUUGUGAUAACAUACUUUACACCAUAUUGUAAUUUAACCUACUACGCAGACGGUUACUAUUGGGCUUAUACUAAUGAUUCGUAUAGUCAAAUUGUAGCCAAAGUUGAGUUAUACACAGCUAUAGCAAUAAUGACAACAACUUUGUUGUUGUACGUUUGGAUUGUGGUCUCUUUGAUUAUGCAGGUAAGACAAUAUUUAUAUUUAACGAAACAGGUUGUUCAUAUAAUUCUCUGCCCCCUCUAUAAGCAGAUUUUUGGAAGUAAGAGCACAAAAUUAUUGAAACAACCUAAUAUUAACAAUUUCAGAAGACAAACCUGUCGCAAUCGUCGAAAAACGCUUGGCAAGAGUAUAAGAUCUUGAUCCAAGGUAUCUUCCUGUUUGUGUAUGCUAUGAUCGAGAUUAUUGGCUGGCAUUACGGAGAUAUUAUCCUUCCUGCAGCUCUAAUUGGCCAGUAUACAAACCCAGUGUUUAAUAUUGUUUGGAUUGGUUUUUGUGGCCUGACGCCAAUAAUGAAUCUUGUCACAAAUAGGUAUGUUCUUCGUCAUAACAAUGUCUCAAGUUUGUAUUUGUUGCUUAUUAUACAUUGUAAGUCAUAACAUUCCUUAUGAUAUAUGUAAAACUACAUUACACAUGGUAUAUUUUAGUGGCUGCCAAAUAAUAAUUGUACCUAAAAUUUGCAAAAAAACAUACGUGCAAAGUUCAACUAUGUCAACAUUGUCAUUAUAAUGUGUUCCUUUCUUUUCACAAAAGUUUUACUAAUCUAAAUAACAAUUAAUUUCAGAGAUCUGAGAAAAACAGUUUUAAGUCACCUUACCGGCAAAUUCGACGUUACCACAGUUACAAAAAUGCAAGAAUCAUCCCAUACAAGGACGUAUAAUAACAAACUGUAA